CCACUGCAUCCCCCGCGUCGUGUCGCUCGGUAAGCGCCCGUUCGCCGUUCAACGCGAGUCCAAUAUAUAGACAUGCCAGGUAAGCGUAGCAUGGAUAAGGAAACUACCAAGAAGAUAGAGGAAUUCCAAGCGGCUGCUGUAGCUGCUGCGGAGGAGAUUGUCUUCCGCAUUUUCCCUUGCAAGAUACUAGAACUGCAGCAGUUCAUUGACUCUACCAAUGAUCCUUCAUCUCCGUUUCACAUGUCUCACGCUGCUGAGUCAACCGAUACGACGGUUUAUCCCCCACCCAACUCCGCAGAGGACGGACCGGACGUCAAGAAGCGCAAGCUGCACUCUAGCGACGCCAACGGCGCGGUAUCCACUGCUGGUCUGACAAUAUUGAACGAUACCCGCCACGCUGUAUACCCGAAUCUUGUUGCGGCCAAUCAACACCUUGACAAAGUACAUGCGCUGGUGAAGAAGGAGUGCGAGCAGCUGGCCGACCUAUGCGACAAGGUGAAACUCUGGGUCAACUUGUCGAUGCCAAAGAUAGAAGAUGGAGACAAUUUCGGUGUUCAAAUACAGGAAGAGGUUCUCACUGAGCUCCACCGUUCACAAGAAAGCGCAUACAACAUUCGGGAUGCGGGUCGUCAGGACCACCUGAAUCGCGCAAAAAUCUGCUCGAAGAUAGUAAAGUAUCCCCAUGUAGAGGACUAUACCCUGGCGCUGAAGGAGCACGACGAGAAGCAGCUUUAUGUUGCGCGGCAGAAUCUCUUCGACCUUCGGAACGUAUAUGCCAUUUUGACUGACAUCUUACACAAGAAUAUCGCGAAGAUUCGUGCGCCGAAGGGGAACAAUCUUUCCGGGAUGUAUUGAUCUGUCUAGCCAACGCGUGACUAGUUUUACGGGCAGCCGCUGGCCACGGUGCUCGGGGCACUGCCAAUGUCUACCCACACCAUCCUCGUCGAACGCGAAAGUUGGAGUCCGCCACCAUGUGUUCGCCUCCCGCGAUGGUCGCCCGUUCUAAAUCUGUCAAUGUCGUUAGCUGUCCUUACGGACAGCGCUGAGCCGGGCCACUCGGGGUUCAUCUCUUGUUUGUACCGGAAUCACUUGUUGCACUGGACAGGAACGUGCAGCUGAAUAGACGAGACCGGUUAUUAAUAGCGAUAGAGCAGGCGCAUCGCAAGCACAAGACCAGGACAUGGGCGAUCGGCCCAUACGUCACCCGAUUCACUCCGCCACAACACUCGAUGACACGGAAAACACGCUGCUGUUCUGUCUGACCAUCCCAUUCGCGGCAAGUGCAUCCUAUUCAUACUCUACUUGAUACAUCAG